CAGCGUCGAGGCCCCUCCUUUCGUGCUCCAUACACACACACAUAUAUAUGGCAAGUCCCACAAAAGUGCUGCUCUGGAGCGGAGACAAGGGAUUUUCUCCGAAGCCACCCGAGCUGAGCCUGCACCUCUCUCCCUUUGGUGUCGGCGCUUUUCUUUUCAGUCAGUGAGAGCAGCCGAGGGAGGCGGGGGGGGAGUCAUAUCGUGGAGUCCCAAAGAGAAAACAAUAAACUAAAUCACAGAGCAGCUAAAGCGAAAUCAUAAGCGGCUGGGAGCUCAGCAGCACCUCCUUUUGUUGUUCGUGUAUAACAAGCCCCAGGUCGGGGCGGGGAAGGUACAAGAGACGUCAUUUCUGGGAGGAAAAAAACUUGUGGUACCUACUGAAGGAGCUGUGCCCAGCGCAGAGAGCGGAGAGUUGGCCUGGGCGAGUGCCACUGUGCCAUGGCUGGAGGGAGACCCGCAGCAGCAGUAACAGCCGGCUUCUUGCACAUGUGAGCGCACUACUGUACUACUGGCUGCGCCGCGCAAGUGACACGCUGUCAUGCAAUCAAGUGACUACAGAGGGGGAUCUCCCCUUUUCCUUCCACCGCACAAUGGCAACAACCUCAGAUCGCCAGGCUAUGUUCCUGGAAGAAUAGUUCCAUUACGUCCACCCCCACCUCCAAAGACUCAAGCAGCAGCCAAAUUCAACUCUGCUGGUCAAGAACCACACACAACCUUUGGGUUCUCUGCAGGCGACCAGCUCCAUCAUGCACAUGUUAUCCGCAGGAGAAGGCACAAAAACACACUUAUCUGUUUUGCAGUUUCUAGUGCUACCCUUUUCAUUAUCCUUGCCAUUGUUUUAGGAAUAUCAUCAAAGUAUGCACCUGAUGAAAACUGUCCGGAUCAGAAUUAUAUUCUUACCAACUGGAAUCCUGGACACGAUGCAACAAAGAAAGUGAUCAUUAAGAAAGGAGACCUUUUUCGCUUGCAAUCAGAUGCAACAGUGCACUCUAUAACUAUACAAGACGGGGGGCAGCUAGUUUUUGAAGACAAUGGCUCCAAAAAUAUUACUUUAAGAACUCGUUUUAUCCUGAUAAAGGAUGGUGGUGCGCUUCAUAUUGGAGCAGAGAAAUGCCGUUAUAAAUCCAAAGCAAAUAUUAUCUUAUAUGGUAAAUCAGAUGAAGGAGAUCAUGUGCCAGUUUUUGGCAAGAAGUUCAUUGGUGUAUCAGCAGGUGGAACACUGGAAUUGCAUGGAUCAAGCAAAUUAUCUUGGACAUUGUUAACAAAGUCCUUACAUUCAUUAGGUCUUAUAUCUGGAUCUUAUAGUUUUGAACGUUCUUUCGUCAGAGGUAUGAAUGUGAGAGUUAUUGAUCAAGAUACUGCACAAGUACUAGAAUCAGAAAGAUUUGAUACUUAUGUACAUCAAAAUGAGAGCAAGAAGUUCCAGGAAUAUCUUAAAGCAAUAAAGCCUGGUCGAAUUGUUGCUAUUGCUGUUGGCGACUCUGUUGAAAAAAACUUGUUGGACGAAACACGGCUGACGAUUCAAAAUCUUCUUGGAAGUAAGCUUGUCAGAGGAUUAAGCUAUAGGCAAGCUUGGGCUUUUGUUGGAGUGCUUGGCGGAGGAAACGAUUCCUACAGUGAAUCCGUUAAAGAUUAUGAAAAUCAUAGCUCUGGGGGGAAAGCAUUAGCUGUGAAAGAAUUCACUACAGUGGAUGGUCAGAAAUUUGCUGUGAAAGCAUACAGUGAAUGGAAAGAAGGCAAACCAAUUUUUGGUUUCCAAGUUGAGGCUGUGGGUGGUGUUGUAUUGGAUCUCUUGGACGAUGUUAGCUCCUGGCAACCAGGAGACCAGAUUGUUGUUUCAAGUACUGACUACUCAAUGUACCAGGCUGAGGAAUUUACUCUCCUUCCAUGCCCGGAGUGCAGCAAGUACCAAGUUAAAGUAAAAGAAAAGCCUCUUUAUUUCCACAUGGGAGAGAUCACAGAUGGUUUGGACAUGAGGGCUGAGGUUGGAGACCUUACAAGGAAUAUUGUAAUACAAGGGGAAACUGAGAGCACCUGCUAUGGAGAUAACCAGUGCCAGUUCUUCAGCUAUGACACUUUUGGGGGGCACAUUAAGAUUCUAAGAAAUUUCACAUCUGUUCAUCUGUCUAAUGUGGAAAUAAAGAAAAUGGGUCAGCAGUUAAUGGGACAUUACCCUCUUCACUUUCACCUUUGUGGAGAUGUUGAUGAACUAGGAGGGUACAGCUCAGAUACCUAUGUAGGUGGACUCUCUAUCCAUCACUGCUUUUCCAGAUGUAUUACUGUCCAUGCUACCAAUGGUUUGCUUAUUAAAGACACCAUUGGCUAUGACACCCUAGGGCACUGUUUCUUCUUGGAAGAUGGCAUUGAACAAAGAAACACUCUGUUUCACAACCUUGGACUGGUUACCAAACCAGGCACUUUAUUACCGACAGACCGAAAUAACAGCAUGUGUGUGAGCAUUCGGGACAAAGUCUAUGGGAACUACAUUCCUAACCCAGCAACUGACUGCAUGGCUGUUUCCACCUUUUGGAUUGCUAAUCCUAAAAACAACCUAAUAAAUAAUGCAGCUGCUGGGUCUCAGGAUGCUGGGAUAUGGUAUGUCUUCCACAAGAUGUCAACAGGUGAUUCCCAUGGAAUUUAUCCAGAAACCAAAGCAGAACUCACUCCUCUGGGCAUGUUUUAUAACAACAGAGUGCAUUCAAAUUUUAAGGCAGGGUUAUUCAUCGAUAAAGGUGUUAAGACUGUAAAUGCCAGCUCUGAAGAUCCAAGAGAGUACUUAUGUUUGGACAACAGUGCAAGGUUUCGACCGCAUGCGGAUGCUGAUCCAGAUAAACCUCGAGUAGCAGCAGUAAUUGACCGCCUUGUUGCCUUUAAAAAUAAUGAUCAUGGUGCUUGGGUUCGUGGAGGAGACAUUAUUAUACAGAACUCUGGGUUUUCUGACAAUGGUGUUGGAUUAACAUUUGCUAGUGAUGGAAGCUUCCCUAAAGAUGAAGGAUCUAGCCAGGAAGUCUCAGAAUCUCUCUUCAUUGGAGAAAGCAAGAAUUAUGGAUUUUUAGGAGGCCAAAAUAAAUACUGGGGUAGUGGAGGAGUAGACAAUAAAACUCGCACACUGCCUAGAAACAGAACCUUCCCUAUAAGAGGAUUUCAGAUUUAUGAUGGACCAGUUCGUCUAACAAAAAGCACUUUUGCAAACUUUGUGCCAACACCUGAUAGAUUUACCAGUGCUAUUGGUUUUCUCUUGAAAAACCCCUGGCAGCUUACUCCAAAGAACAAUGUUUCAUUUCUAAAAUUUGGAGCCAAUGUAUCAUUGAGAGCAUUUUUUGGUCAGCCGGGACCUUGGUUCGAAGACAGUGAUUUGGAUGGUGACAAAAAUUCAAUUUUCUAUGACAAAGAUGGAUCUGUGACAAAUUUUAAAGAUAUUUAUGUGGCUCGAAUAGACAACUACUUGGUCAGACAUCCACAAUGUAUUAAUGUUACAGAAUGGAACGGGGUCAUAUGCAGUGGCACCUAUGCACAGGUCUAUAUUCAAACUUGGUAUCCUAGUAAUCUCACUGUAAGCAUUGUGAGGGAUGAAUACCCAUCCAGACCCAUGACACUCAGAGGAAUUACUCAGAAAGCUCUGUAUCAACAAUACCAGCCGGUGGUGAUGCUGCAGAAAGGAUAUACCAUCCACUGGAAUGCACAGGCACCACAAAUCACCUACUUGUACCCCAUAAACUUUGAUAAGGACAAUUGGAUCAGGGUUGGUCUCUGUUAUCCAGUAGACACAAGCUUCCAGAUAACUUCACAGGUUGUUCAAAGACAAACUGCUACUGUCCCCACUGGAGAGGAAUACCUGCCUGUGUCUUCCAUGGAGGAAUUGCAGAAUAAGCGCUCAAAGGGAUUUUAUUUUGACAACAGCACAGGACUGCUUUUCCUCUUUCUCCAAGCAAAACACAGUCGGGAUGGUCACAGCUACUGCUCAACUCAGGGAUGUGAAAGAGUUAAGAUUCAGGCUACUAUGCGAUCCAAAGCCACCAGCAACUGUAUGGCCAAAGCAUAUCCAAAGUAUACCAAAGCGCCAACAGCAACCAAGCCAAUGCCAGCGAAAACAACUGCCCCUUGCUCUAAUUGUGGAGCUUCUCAGAUGGUAUUCACCAGUGACCCUCAUAAUGUCUACCUCCCAGUGCAGCUGCAGUCUCUUAGCAAAGAAGAAAUUCAGCAAGGUGCCACAGAAUCAUUUAUAUCUGUUAAUGGCACCAAGUUUUCAUUCCAAAAGGACGGUUUAUUCAUUGUUGUCAUCGAUGCUUGCACUGGCACCGUGAGGGAAAACAUGCACUUUCCACAAGGUGAACUUCAGCAACUGGAAACAUAUUUAAGAAAUAAAGUUCCUCAAAGUUCAAUCAUUUUACUAGCAUCAAGAGGGAACAUCACAGACUAUGGUAACCUUUCUGAAGAAUUACAGUCCUUUGGUACAGCCAAAGCAGCAUAUCUCCAAAACAAGGGGUGUAUUGCUUUCUCUGGAUUCAAGGGAAACUUCAAACCAUCAUGGGCCAAGCUGUUCACGAGUCCUGCUGGGCAGGGCCUGGGGCUGCUAGAGAGAUAUAUCCCUAUACAAAUGGAAACAUAUGAGUGCAGCAGAAUCAGUCCUAAGAAAAGAAAAGAUAUUGAUCUCUUGAAUAAAGCUUUAAAGAUGCAUUAGAUUAAUAUAUGCCUUCAAUGGUGGGGAAAACAAAAAAUGUGAACUAACUUAUUUUUAUUUAUGGCAAUUACACUGUUAUCCAGCGUAAGUUCUGUUAAUGGCUAAAACAGAAUUAUGCCUAAAAUCUACGCCCACAUGCCAAUGCACCUUCUAGUUGUAUAAAAUCAUGAAUGAAUAUACUUUUUUUUUUUUUUUUUGUAAAGCUAGAUUAUGCUGAUUUAUUGUUGUGAUGGAGUUUUGUACGUGUUGCAAACAGAUUGUUUUUGUACUUUUGUAUUAUUGAUUAUUGUAAGGUUCUUUUUUAUUGUUUUUGGAUCAGACUGGAAAAUAAUUUUAACGUGUUUUGUUUCACCGUGGUUUACUUGAAAGAUAUUUAUCAUUAAAAUCUUUCUAUGUAGAAAAA